ACACACACACACACACACCCCUCGACCCCUCCUUUCUUCACUUUUCUAGUUAACCCCACCUCUUCCUUCCCGGCCCCACCCCGCAGCCAGCAACGUUUCAGCACCACGGAAAGCGGACAGCUCCUUUGCGCUCUCACGCUCGCUCUCCCCAAACACACAAGCACAAAACGCUACCAGCCUGCGCUCUUCCUCUCUCGCGCUGCUCCUUUUCAAAAGAACUGUUUUGAUUUGCCUCCGUCCGAUCUUUGCCUUUGAUCUGCCCAGCAAACCUCACUUCUUCUGCCGAGAAAGCGGGAAGAGAAAAGGGUUCCACAAUGAAUGCAGCCCGGAGGUCAGCCAAGGUGGAUUCGGAGGUGACAGAGUCCCAGAUGGAGCCGUCCCUCAAUGCCACCGAAAUGCCCACCAAAGAGAAUGUUUUUUCUGACUUGAAAGACAAGUUCAUGAACAAGCUGAGCGACCUGCCAAUCCCGCCCUGGGCUUUGGCCACCAUCCUCAUAGUGGCCGGCCUCCUGCUUCUCUGCUGCUGCUUCUGCGCCUGUAAGAAAUGCUGUGGCAAGAAGAAGAAAGGCAAGAAAGGCAAAGACAAAGUGAAGGCCCAGAUCAACAUGAAGGAGGUGAAGGAACUGGGCAAGAGCUACAUUGACAAGGUCCAGCCUGAGAUAGAAGAUUUGGAUCCAUCUCUGCUGCAGGAGCCCAAGGAAGAAAAGCCCCAGGAGAAGUUGGGGAAACUCCAGUACUCGCUUGAUUAUGACUUCCAAAGCACCCAGCUGGUGGUGGGCAUUCUGCAAGCUGCUGACCUGCCAGCCUUGGACAUCGGGGGCACCUCGGACCCUUACGUCAAAGUCUUCCUGCUCCCAGAGAAGAAGAAGAAAUACGAGACCAAAGUGCACCGCAAAACCCUCAACCCCACGUUCAACGAGUCCUUCACGUUUAAGGUCCCCUACUCGGAACUGGGCGGCAAGACCCUUGUCAUGGCCGUCUAUGACUUUGACCGCUUCUCCAAGCACGAUGCCAUUGGUGAGAUACGCAUCCCCAUGAACACGGUGGACCUGGCCCACGUCAUUGAAGAGUGGCGGGACCUGCAGUCGGCGGAGAAAGAAGAGCAUGAGAAGCUGGGAGACAUUUGCUUUUCUCUCCGGUAUGUCCCUACGGCUGGGAAGCUGACAGUUAUUGUGCUAGAAGCGAAAAACCUGAAAAAAAUGGACGUGGGGGGCCUUUCAGACCCCUAUGUUAAAAUCCAUCUCAUGCAAGGAGGGAAACGUAUCAAGAAGAAGAAAACAACCAUUAAGAAAAACACACUGAAUCCCUAUUACAACGAGUCGUUCAGUUUUGAGGUGCCAUUUGAACAAAUCCAGAAAGUCCAGGUUGUUCUGACGGUCCUGGAUUAUGACAAACUGGGCAAAAACGAAGCCAUCGGGAAGAUCUUUGUGGGCUGCAACGCCACGGGAGCCGAGCUGCGCCAUUGGUCCGACAUGCUGGCCAAUCCUCGGAGACCCAUUGCCCAGUGGCACACCCUGCAGCCUGAAGAAGAGGUGGAUGUGGCGGUUGGCAUAAAGACCUCUUGAUGCCCCUUCCUUGUUGGCCGAAGGAUCUGGCAACAGUUGCUUCUCCCGUCCAGAGCGAAUGGGAGUGUGUGGUUGAGGCACCCCUGAAAAUGUGCACGUGGGGGGGGGAGGGGGAGAGCCUGUGAGCCUGUCUCUUCUCUGAGAGCCAUUUCCUGUUGAAAACAAAAGAAACAUCUCCAAGAGAGUGAAAAAAAACCACCCCUCUGUUUUUUAUCCACUGUGUGAAAAAAAGAAGGAAGAUUACCUAGCAGCUUAAGACAGGUUAGAGAUUUACUGUAGGUUUACUAUGAGGCUUACAACACAACUUGCACAGGUUUAUAUUUUUUGGGUUGGUUUCUCACUUGAAAGCUGAACCUUAUGUGCCAGGUAGGCUGACUUUUUGACAACACAAUCUUUACAUUAACCAUGCCAUCUUUGGGAAAACCAGCCUCAAAUAAACCUACUGUUUAUCUUUUUUUACCUCUGAGUAUACUAUAGGUUCAUUACAGGUUUCUUUAAAGGACACCAUUUCAUAUACAUUUUGGGUAUUGUACUCUGGUGCCAUGUUUAAAAUCUAGACCUCAUAUGUAAAUCUAUUGCAAACAAUGCCUACAAAUGUGUUUACAAUAGAUUUACAAUAGAGUUGCGGCAAACUCUGUUCUCUGAUAAUAUUAACUUUUGGACACUCCAUUAUAAUACUGAUUUAGGAAGCUAGAUCUUAGGUGAAAACACUGGAAAUCUUUUAAAACAUAGUUUGAAAAUGCAACUUGACCGUGGCUCUACAUGAUGAUUAAAAUAGCUUUCCGUUUCUGGCCACUGUGUUAUGAAAUAUUUAAAAUUUGGUCCUCCUCUGCAGUUGAAACUUCCUAAAACAGCUUAAUCGGGAUAAGGUUGCAAAUAUGCUGUGUGUGGGCUUCAUGUAUAAAACAUAUUGUAGUAUAUCCUAAUUAUUUUAUUACAAAAUGUUCACAUACUUAUCUGGCAUAUAAAAAUUAGCCGUCAUUGGAGAACUACUGUGGAUGUGUUUACUAGCAUAUAUUUACUAAAGGGUGUCCCCUUCCCAAAUUACAACAGUUUUAUGGAUGUUGAUGUUAACAGAGAUUUAAGCAUCAGCCAACGUAUUAAGCUGUUCGUAUAUAGCUUAUUCUACUUUAUAUUGACUUAAUUUGGAGUUUUAUAACAGUUUUGACAAAACCAUGUAUCCGUUUUACAGCACAUGCUUUACAACUUAUUUAUGAAAUGUUUGAUAUGAGUAUUAGAGAAAAUUUGCUAUAGGCUUUAUGUAGACUUAAAGCAGAUUAACUACAGAUUUACUAGUGAUUUACUAACCAACUUAAAAUAAUUUUGCUAUGUUACAACAUGUUUACAUUUUUGCUACAAGCUUAAGACUGGUUUAUUAUAAAACUGCAACGGGUUUACUGUUUGUUAGCAACCAGUUUGAUGCAUUUUAUAAAUGAGAAAAAAGCAUUUAUCUAUAGGAUUUACAGCUGGUUUACAGUGGUUUCCCAUGGAUCGAAACAUGUUUACAACACCUUUGCUAUGACAAUGAUACAAAAUCAAUUGGUUUUAUAGCAAAUAUUCUGUAAUUCUACAAACUAUUAUUUAAGACCUAAUCAUAUGCUGGGUACAUGUUUAGCAGGUACAUUAAUAGCUGGAUUUUUAUUUUUAUUUUAAAAAUGGGAUUGCCAGCAAGCCAAUGAUUUGGGCUUGAAAUCCUGAAUUGAAAUACUUUUGUCCAAAUCUGAAAUCUGAAUUCUGGGCAUGACUCUGUGCUUUGGUCUUCUUUUUAAUGCUUUCAUGUUGCAUGGAGGCCGAAUAGGAAAGGAAGGCAAUACUGAAAUACUUAGGCCAAAACAUCUGUCAAAGGCCAAGUAAGUCCACAAUAAAAAAGAAAGAAGCCUAAGAAUUAAAAAAGAAAGAAAGAAAAACAUCCGACUAGAACUUUUGAUCUUGAUAUUUAGAAGCUCUAUUUCCCUCGCACCCCACCCCAAAUAUUUGACAAAGCAUCAUUUCUGGUCUCAGUUACAAUCCUUUUACCAAAGGUUUUGUGCCUACAAGUAAACAUCAGUGUUGAACCUCCCACUGAACUCACAAGCAAAUGAGCUUAGAUAGCAGAAAGAGUUCUAAAUCUGUUCCCAAUGACAAUUUGCAGAUGAGGUCCAGUUUUCAAAGGAACCCAUUUUUAGGCUAAGUUACCAAGCCUUUUAUUAGACUCAUCUAUAAGCAUAUUUUUGCUGAUGAUGUCAGCAGAAAGACAAAGGCUGUAGCAUUCUUGAUUUCUCAGCACAUUUGUCUGACUAUAUAUAUCAUAUACUAUAAAACUAUAGAAUUAUAGUUCUGUAGUCUCUCUAUGCUUUUUAAAAAUAUAUAUAUAACUGAGGCAAAAUGGCCGACUUUAACUUCCUGAUCUUGGCAACAGAAGAACUAACUCUAAAUUAGUCAAAGUUAAUGUACCUCAAAUGGGGAAGCAAAUCAGUAUUAUGUUUCUGAACUCUCUGCUUUAAAAUAAGAGCAACUAGGAAAAAGGGGAAUGGGAGGGGAAAGGAUUUUAGUCACUCACUUCUUGUUUGGGGAAGAGAUGUUUUGAAAGAUCUCUGAGGUAGAGAGAUAUCCUGCUGGUGUUGUCCUCACAUCCUGGCUGUGAAGGUCCAAUUAAUAUAGGAACUGCUUUAUGCCAAGUCAGAUCAUUCAUUGGACCAUCUAGUUCAGUAUUGUCUACAUCAGAGCUAACCGAUGUGGUGCCUUCCAGAUGUUUUGGACUACAACUCCCAUCAGCUCCAGCCAGCAUGGGCAAUGGUCAGGGAUGUUGAGGGUUGUAGUGCACAAAAUCUAGAGGGAUACCACGUUGGUGACCUCCGGUCUACACUGACUGACAGGGCUCUCUCGGAUUCCAGACCACGGUCUCUUCCAGAUCCAUGUGGAGAUGCCAGAAACUGUACCUGGGAUCUUCUGCAUGCAAGCUGAUGCCUCACCAAAGACCUAAGGCCCUUCCCCAGUCAUCCACCGUUGUCUCCCUUAUAUUGUAGAUUGGUACAAAUUUCAUGUUCAGUCGGGGGAGGAAGAAGAGCAUCAUCAUCUAUACUGUAACAAUACUGGGCCACCUUAGAAAGCCACUGUCCUGUUGAGCAGUGACAAAUGUCUACAGGCCAUAGUCCACAAAAUUACUUAUUUCCUGAGUAACAGGGUAUUCUAGAGAAGCAUACAAGCCAUUUGGAGCUUUGCCAGAGUGACUGGAAAAGGGCACAGGAGGCCAGCUUAGUAACUCUUUGCCCGCCAUCUAAAAAAUGUCCACACAAUUUUUUGGGAAUUUAGGAGCUCCCCAGUUACUUUCUCUUUGCAACUCUCCAAGCCACUGUUCGCAUUACUUUUCAUCUGAUUGUACAAAAUCGGGAGUUGUGCAUCUGCACUCCAAAAGAAACAAACUUGAUUAGCUCUGCUGUUAAUGCAAAUCAUGUAGGCCUCACCACCACCCAGAGCUGCGUGUGAAAUUUGAAUCUGACUUCCCUCUAAGAUUAGAG